AUGUCUAUUCCGACUCUUAGUGCUUCUGCUAUACUCAAGGAUAGUGAUUAUCCUUCGUACCCUUUGCAUUUCUUCAUUGCUAUUGGUAAUCUCGGGACGCUUCAAUUCUUGCUCAACAAAGCAUCUCUUGAUACUAUCAACGAAUCUGAUGACAAAUGGGGAGCACCAUUACAUAUAGCAGUACAUCUCGAUAACAUACGAGGCAUCCCAUAUGGUUGUUCGGAAUUGCGCUAUCUUGAAGACCCUAAGCUAUGGGGCAGAGUCGUCCAGUCUGAUCUCACACCGUUACACGUUGCCGCCCGUGUUGGUGCGAUGACUGUUGAUAAGUACAUUCCCAUUCGUUCCGUUUGA